CGCGGUCCAUUAUCCAUCUCACUCCACCGUAUAAGAAACCAUCCACCCUUUAGGGUUUCAAACAUUCCUCAUCCCGAAUUCUCUCAUUCUCCUUCACCAUUUUCAUCUAACUUCACCUCAAUUCCACUUUUCUCAUCUCAAUAUUGAAAACAUUUUCUGGGUUCUUCCUAGUUUUCCCUAAACCCAUUUUUUUUUCUUCACUACUGUGCUCAAUUGUGUCGUCUCCCCUGAGUUUCUCUUUGUGAUCACCCAAAAAGCUUCAGGUUUUGUGUUUCUACAGUCUUAAAUUCAUCAACAAGUUUGUGGGGUUUCCUACUUUUGAUGUGAAAAGAAAAUGCGAACUGAUUAUCAAGGCUCAUCUUCUCCAAAUUUCACAAGUUUUGGGCGUUCAAUUCUUAGUAUGAAACGCGAUCCAGUGGUUCACUCCAUAGACCAUGAAAUCCCACAUCAAGAAAAGGAAAUCGAAGCUUUUCAAAGACAGGUAACUCAAAGGUUUCAUGAGUUAUCUGCAGUCGAUUCACAGGAACUUUUAUCCGUUUCUUGGAUUUCAAAACUCCUUGAUGUUUUCCUGUGUUGUCAAGAGGAAUUCAAAGCCAUAUUAUUCAACCACAAUUCUUCUUUGAGCAAACAACCCAUGGAUAAACUGAUUUCUGAUUAUUUCGAAAGGAGUAUAAAGGGUUUAGACGUUUGUAACGCCAUUAGAGAUGGGAUUGAGCAGAUCAGACAAUGGCAGAAGCAAUUGGAUAUUGUGUUAUGUGCUUUGGAUAAUCAAAAAGGUCUUGGUGAAGGUCAAAUCCGAAGAGCUAAAAAGGCUUUGAUCGAUUUAGCAAUUGAGAUGCUUGACGAGAAAGAUUCAAACACAAAUCUUGCUCAAAGAAACCGAUCAUUCGGGCGAUAUCAAAAGGAUUCACAAGGAAACAAAUCUUUGAAGCAUUUCAGAUCAUUAUCUUGGAGCGUUCCAAGAUCUUGGUCAUCUUCAAAACAACUCCAAGCAAUCGGGAACAACAUUGUUCCUCCAAAAACUAAUGAAAUCAUCGCCACAAAUGGACUGGCUGUGGUUGUUUACACAAUGAGUCACGUGUUCUUAUUUGUAAUGUGGGCUUUAGUGGCUGCAAUCCCUUGUCAAGAUCGUGGGUUACAAUCCCAUUUCAACAUGCCCAAAAAUUUCAUUUGGGGGGCACCGAUUCUCUUGUUACACGAGAGAAUUUUGGAAGAAUCCAAGAAAAAAGAAAGGAGAAACACUUGUGGGCUUUUGAAGGAGAUUUAUGGGAUUGAGAAAUCAGCUCGAUUUAUGAACGAAUUGACUGAUUCCAUUCAGUUCCCAUUACCAGAAGAAAAGGAAGAAGAAGUCAGAAAAAGAGUGGACGACUUGAGGGUUGUUUAUGGAGCUUUGAAGAACGGAUUGGAUCCAUUGGAGAAGCAAGUGAGAGAAGUAUUUCAUAGGAUUGUAAGAAGUCGAACUGAAGGACUUGAUUCCAUUGCAAGAGGAAGCGACUGAUCAAUGGUUUGAGCUCUCUAUUUGGUAUCUUUUUUUGUUUCAAGAAUGAGUGAUCUUGAACAAACUUUGGUAAUGUAAAUGUUAUAAACACCAUAUAUAUUUACCUUUUUUUCUCUAGCUUUUUUACAACAACAAUGGUUUGUUUUUGGUUAAAUUACCAAUAUGAUGAUAUGAAAAGCUGAUAACACUGAAA